GGGCAACUGAGAAGGGGAGUCCCGGGCUCGGCGGGGAGUCGGGCCGCCAGUCUCUCGAGCCCUGACCCUGACCGCGUCCACAGGGCGCCAUGGAGAUGGACUGUCCAGCCCAGUAACUCCAAGGGCCAGACCGUGACCCCACAAAGCAUGAUCACCUUCUGUCCCGAGUGUGGCCAAAAUAUUGAGUCAACGUUCAAAUUCUGCCCCUACUGUGGAAAAUGUUUGCCUACCGAGGGGCAAGGGAGGUCUCCAACCUCUGUCAGACCACUGAUGCCGUCCUCCCGAGGCGCCAGGAAAGAUCCGAGCUCCAGUCCUGAAACCCCUUGCAAGAAAGUGAAAUGGUCCAGCACGGUCACCUCUCCCCCGUCGUCCCUCUGCUCCGACAGUGACAGCUCCGAGUCUAAGGAGUUACUGAGGAAAUCUCAGCGGCCCAGAGGUAGGAGCCGAGGCUCCCUUUCAGCCUCCCUCUCUGGACUGGGUGUCUCUCACAGACAGGAACCAGGGCCCUGGAACAAACCGCCGACCCCCAAAACCAGCCCCCAGGCAACCCGCCAAAGCCCCCAGACCACCCGCCAAAGCCCCCAGACCACCCGCCAAAGCCCCCAGACCCUGAAGCGGAGCCGGGUGACUGCCUCCCUCGAGGCCCUGCCCCUGGGGACCGUGCUGACGGACAAGAACAGACAGCACUGGAAGCUGAGCUUCCUGCAGACCAGGGACGACCAGGGCAUUCUCUACGAAGGUGCGCUCUGUCCCCAACUGGGCAGGGGUGGCAGCUGGAAUGGCACGCGUGCGCGGGCUGUGAUGCACUGGGGGCUCAUGCCUCGGAGGGUACGGUGUGACAGGCCUCUCUCCCGUCCACACCAGGAUGCCAAGGACGGACGUCUGUUCAACGAACAGAGCUUUUUCCAGCGAGCCGCCAAGCCUCUGCAAGUCAACAAGUGGAAGAAGCUCUACUGUACGCCGCUCCUGGCCAUCCCCACCUGCUUCGGGUUCGGCGUCCAUGGGGACAAGUACAGGUUCAUGGUGUUCCCCAAGCUGGGAAGGAGCCUCCAGUCAGUUCUGGACUGCCACCCGAAGCGCAUCAUUCCCGAGAGGUCGGUGUUCCAGCUGGCCUGUCGCCUGCUGGAUGCGCUGCAGUACCUCCAUGAAAAUGAGUACGUGCACGGGAAUGUGACCGCGGACAAUAUCUUCGUGAAUCCAGAAGACACGAGUCAAGUGACCCUGGUGGGCUACGGCUUCACCUUCCGCUACUGCCCAGAGGGCCGGCACGUGGCCUAUGUCGAAGGCAGCAGGAGUCCCCAUGACGGGGACCUGGAGUUCAUCAGCAUGGAUCUGCACAGAGGAUGUGGACCUUCCCGCCGAAGUGACCUGCAGACCCUGGGCUACUGCCUGCUCAAGUGGCUCUAUGGGUACUUGCCGUGGACUAACUGCCUCCCCAACACCGAUAGCAUCAUGAUGCUGAAGGAGAAAUUCCUAGGCAACCCCGGAUCCCUCGUGGAGAAGUGCACCAGGUGGAGCAGGCCUUCAGAGACCCUCCGGGAGUAUCUGAAAGUAGUGAUGGCCCUCCAGUAUGACGAGAAGCCACCCUACGCCGUCCUGAGGAAUAGUCUGGAAGCUCUGCUGCAGGACCUGCGGGUGUCGGCCUAUGACCCUGUGGACCUACACAUGGUGUCCUAGGGGGUGUCCAGCUGGGAAGUGACCGAACUUUCCAGAAGCCGCAGUUUGAUAAAAGAAGAAGAAAUGUGACUCACGGCCUGCUGUUUCAUCACAGACCAGCUUCUACAGAGAACCCUUCAAUGUGCAGACCUGCCUUGCCCCGGCCCGGGAGCUUGGCAGCACCAGUUAGCAUCAGGGAGCCCCUAGAUACCACCCCCCACCCCCCUGGAGCUGUGACUUUCCCCCUUCUGGCUGUCCUGUCCAGCAUUGUCCAGCAAGCUGUUGGUGGCAUGGACGGAGGAGACUCCUGACCUGUGGUGGGGGCGAGGCCGGCCCCUCAGCAGGGGCCCUGCCGAUCCUUUCCAUCGCUGUGCUUUGGCAAUAAAUGCUUUGAUUUGA